AAGCAGUCAUCGCGGAGUAACGUGUGUGUGUGCACGCGCGAUCCUGACGUUUUUCGCCUCGAUCAGCGGUUGCGUAUUCGGUACGUGAUGCCGGCGGCGCAUCUGACGCUGCGCGAGGAGGACGUGGUACGACUGACCCUGGAGUUCCUUCACAGCCGUGAUCUCCACAUCUCGCAGCUUUCGCUGGAGCGCGAGACCGGAGUGAUAAACGGUCAGUACAGCGACGACGUGCUCUUCCUGCGUCAGUUGAUCCUCGACGGACAAUGGGACGACGUGUUGGAGUUCAUCCAGCCCCUGGAGGCGCUCCCGGACUUCGACAUGAGGAAGUUCACGUACUCAAUUUUGCGGCACAAGUAUGUCGAGCUGCUGUGCAUCAAGUCCGAAGCGAAUAUUAUCGCUGCUAGCACGAACAACAGCGUGGACAACGCCGUGGAGGAGGUCGUCAAGGUGUUGAGCGACCUUGAGAAGGUCGCUCCCUCCAAGGAGGAAUACAGCAGUCUAUGCCUAUUACUCACCCUGCCGCGACUGACGGAUCACCUGCAGUACAAGGACUGGAACCCGAGCAACGCCAGGGUGCAAUGCUUCCGAGAAGUACAUCCCUUGGUGGAGAAAUUCCUACCGGGUGACAGGAAGGGCAUUGACCCCACGCAUCCGAUCACCUCGGCGAAGAACGAUCGGCUCAUUCAACUCAUCAUCAAAGGCAUUUUGUACGAGUCCUGCGUUAAUUACUGCCAAGCGAAAGCUACCGGGUCGAAAGAGAGCGAACAGGUAGAGAUGAGUUUUUCGAGGUUACUGGACGGAUCCGUGGGUUUCAGCGAUUCCGACUUGAGUUUGCUCUCGUGGCUUCAAAGCAUACCCCCCGAGACGUUCGCAGUGCCGUUCGCGCAACGAACCCUGAACGUCGACGUGGAACGCCUCGAGAGGCCCUCCCUGGAGACCUCGUGGACGGAGCACAUGCUGAUAACUCCGAUCAAGCCGAAAACUUUUCCGCACAGCGCCAUGCCGUUCACCAGGCCGAGAUCGGCCGCGGACAUGAUGUCCCGCAGUUUAGUGCCAGCUUUAGAGGCUGGCCUCGGACCGAGGAGUCCUGGACCUAAAAACACCACCAUACCAUCUGCGGCGCUGAUGGCGCUCUCCACCGGCGAUAUAAACCCCAUGUCCAGGUCGUCCUUCGCCAGCUUCCACUUGACUGGCUUUAAGAAUAACAAACUGAUGAAUACCAGCGUCGACAGGCUCUUCGAAAAUGAGGGUGAUGUCUUCCUUAGUUCGAAUUAUGCCGAGUUCCAACAGCUACCCUCGAUACAAGAGACCGCGACGAAUGCUCAACCUAAGGUCCCGCCGAGAACGAGAGGGCACUCCAAGAGCCCCGAAGGUGUUGACAUAGACCCUUCAGCGACAUCCACGCCAGAACGUAGAGUGGCUGGGAGAGAGUCGCCGGCGCCCUCGACCGCUAGAAGUUCGAGAAGAGACUCUUUGGCGGAAAAGCCCACGGGAGUCGCGGCCAAAAUUACAGAACCGACUGCGAUUCCAGUUAGAGCGGCUGCGCCCGGAGACCACCUCGAACAAAGUUACAAUGGUGGUCUGUUUAAGGAAUACCAGAAGCAGAAACAGAGGUUGCAAGAGACUAUUCAGCAGAAGGAAAGGGAGAGGGACGAAUUAGUCAGACAACUAGCGGCACCGUUACCCGUGCAAGUAGCCGAUAAUAGACUGCAGGGAGAAGGGAUAAAGCAACCUUUGGGAAGCAAAGGACCUUCGCCCGUUCAUACGAAUACACCUGUCCGGUCUGGAAUCCAGUCGCCGAAGCCCACGAUCAAUGGAUCCGAUCCCGUCGCAAGGCAAAACUCGGUGCCAGGCGGUAUUUAUGAUUCGAGGGUACCGGAAGGACAUUACGAUGUUAUCAAGCCGAAGCAGGAGCCGCGGCCGGAACUCGACACCAGCAACGGCAGCAGCAACGGCGGCAGGCCGCGAUUCGUUCCCGUCACCGCGCUCGAGGACGUGCAGGCGGUGCGCUGCGCCGAAUUCCACCCCCACGGUAAGCUCUACGCCGUCGGCUCGAACUCGAAGACCCUCCGAAUAUGCGCCUACCCGAAGCUCCACGAUGUCAGGGAAGAUCAUCAGACGUAUCAGCCCACCGUUCUCUUCAAGAGAACGAAGCAUCACAAGGGCUCCAUAUAUUGCCUCGCGUGGACCCCGGACGGCAGGCUGAUGGCCACCGGCAGCAACGACAAGACCGUGAAACUGAUGCGCUUCAACGCCGACACUUCGAACCUCGAAGGGCAAGAAGUCGAGCUGACUAUGCACGACGGUACGGUGCGCGACCUGUGCUUCCUCGAGGACACGUCGAACAAAUCGAGUCUUCUGAUCAGCGGCGGUGCUGGCGAUUGCAAGAUAUACGUUACCGACUGCGCGACCGGUACACCUUUCCAGGCUUUAAGCGGUCACAGCGGCCACGUGCUGACGCUCUACAACUGGGGCGGAGCGAUGUUCGUCAGCGGAUCGCAGGAUAAAACAGUUCGAUUCUGGGACCUGAGAACGAGGGGCUGCGUCAAUAUGGUCACACCUGCGACGGUACCUGGCAGCAGGGUCGGAAGCCCCGUAGCUGCGCUCUGCGUGGACCCGUCCGGCCGGCUCUUGGUGUCCGGCCACGAGGACAGUAGCUGCGUCCUCUUCGACAUUCGCGGUGGUAGAACGGUUCAAUGCUUUAAGCCACACGCGGCGGACAUCAGGAGCAUACGAUUCUCACCGUCGGCGUAUUACCUACUGACAGCAGGAUACGACAACAAAUUGGUACUCACGGAUUUGCAAGGCGAUCUUACGAUGCCGUUGCCCAGCGUGGUGGUUGCCCAACAUCAGGACAAAGUAAUCUCGGGACGUUGGCAUCCGACCGAGUUCUCGUUCCUCAGUACUUCCGCUGACAAAACGGCGACCCUGUGGGCCUUACCACCUGUUUAAAUGUCCAGGGCGAUAAUGCGCGCAAUGUUAUUUAUUUCUUCGUUUUCUUCUUUGAGAACACCUUAAUAACACGAUCAUUUUCGUCCGAACGGUAACCUCACACGUCGACUCUCAAGUUAUCCGACAGACACUAUUAACCUCCGGAGAAGAGCAAGCGGUUUUAUGCGGUGUUGACACUCUAACGUUAUCUGUGUACUCGCACAUAGUUUAACCAUGACCAAUUAAACCUCCUUGAUCUGUGUGACUACGUCGUUAACGUGACACGAUAUUAAUUAAUCGCAGCGUGUGCGACUUGUUACACACGAGAGAAGUCAAGCAUUUAAACGCGAUUCAAACGUAACUGUAACAUGCUUUAAGGAAGAAUAAGGAACCGUCUUUAGUCAGAGGCGAUAUAUAUAUAUAUAUAUAUAUAUAUAUAUCGAGUCGGUAGAAUUGUUUUUUUAACUACGAGAAUUUGAUACCGGGAAUUACAAGACUGUGGAUGAAUAAUCACACGAUUCGCCGCUUCCGAAUCAGAUAAAUCCGAAGCCGAAUCGUACCAACAUGAAUUUUAAAUAUUCUACUUUCAGCACAAAAGUGCGACAAGUUCUCAGACUCGUCGAAGGACGAUUUCCCGGAGAAUGACGCACGCGUACUUAUCGGGACCGCGAUGCGACACAUGACGUACACCUUCUGUCUCUUUUUAAUACGUUUUCGUUAUAAUCAGAAUGAUACCUGUACUGUAAAUAUGUUAAGAUAGCGUUAAGAAAUUUUCAACAUUACGAAACUCCGUCGCGCUCCUGUACAAAGGACGUACCAAUUAAUUUCUUACUCCGAGUGCUCUCUUAUUUUCGCUCAGUUCGUUUAUCAUUUUAUUUUCACGUUGUUUCGUAAUAUUUAAAUGAGAAAAGAAAACGAAAGAAACAUCCGAUGGAUCGUCACAUUUGUUGUAUUUUACUUUUGGUUUAUUAUGAAAAAUGCACCGCGCUGCAAUUGUUCUAAUUCUCGCGCGCGCACGCACACAAGUCUAACUCGUGUAGAUGCUCCUUACUUCCAUCUUUCCUUGUUAUCGACUCACAAGCCAAAUAUACACACACGCGUUCUAGUACAUAUAUAUAUAUAUAUAUAUAUAUAUAUAUAUAUAGCCGUAUUCAAAGAAAUUAUAUACGUACGCUCAUACUAAUCGCUAUUUUUUACGGACUAAGAUAAUUACAUAAUAAUAUAAAUCGAGAAUGGCGUAUGUAUCUGGAGCGUCGAACACGUGAUUAUAAGUUUGCGCCAAUCGGAGAACACGAUAGUAUUCUUAUUCGUAGUAAGGUCGUAAGUCGACUAACAGUUAGAUUUAAGUUGCAUAUUGCAAUCGCCAAAGCUCGCAGUAGCAACAAAACUGAAAAGAGAAGAAAGAGAGGAACCACCCGCGUGUGUGUGUGUAUCACCUCGCGCGGCUACCGAGAGAGCGGUGGGGUGUUCUUUUUCUCGAACGAUCGGAACCGCGACUUGAAACACGGGAAGAAGUUUCUGUAAAUACACGUUCAUCGGUGACCGACUCUUGAUUUUCUCAUAUCAUCACUCCGUCAGGCGAACAAUGUCCGCGACAUCGUUUCGUUCUCUUAUUGUUUUACCCCUAUUUCUCCGACGUUGACGCUCGCAUGUUUCGAGUCUCACUUCGCGUUAGCAUACUUUUUCCGCGUAUAGACAAAUCGUACCUUAAGACGCGAAAGUGUUCGAUGAAAACGGGAAAGUUCGCGAGUGAUAGUAACAAAGCAGAAUAACGAUAAGCAGAAUAACGGAAGGGGAGACUGGUGAAUAAAUAGGGAGGUUAAAGCGCGCACCCGCUUGCCAGAUAAAACUUCGCGAUCUUCCGUGCUCGAUCAUUCGACGCAGAACGCGGAAAUGUGUGCACGGAGUACGUGAAUCAAAAUACUAUUCGUGCGAGACGAAUCCUUGCGAACGGUGUCCGUUAAAUAUUUUCUUUCUUUUCUUUCAGCACGAUUUACGAAUCAACGAAAAUAACUCUCUUCGGAUAUUUUUCAAGUCCAGAAGUGUGUACAAUUAAUGGUGGUAGUAAUGUCACCAGUAUAAUCCGAAAACAUUACGUGCAUCUCGGUGCAGCUACCGCGCGUCAUCUCGUGAUUUGUAUCUCGCUGCUCGACGACUUUGUUUCCCUACUCCGUGUAUCUUAAUGAUCGACAGUCGAAAUCGCGUAACGGCGACGAACGGACAAGCGGAACAACGGGAGAAUAGCGAUUAUUUGUAAUAGCGACUUGACGCAAGCAUCUGCUUCCAUGUAGCAAUUUAUCGUGCCUUCUGUCGUGGCUGCUUUCGGCGAUUCACAUUUAUUUUUGUAUCUUUUCGUGAAGUCCUUCGUCCCCUUCCACUCCCUCCCCCUCCCCCCUCUCACCAUCCCCAUUCCCCAACGCUAAUCUCCCCCUCCCACCCCCCUUUCAUCACACACAAUGUAUCCAAACGAGCUCGUAAACAUCUAAAAGUAAAUCUCAGUAUCUCGUACGAGUAUUACCGCAUAACAUACUAUACAUAAUAGUAUAACUUAUAACUUUGUACUUUUCUUGUAGAUACGAUACGAUAUAUAUGUCACGUCUAAUUUAAACAAUAAAAUUUACGUUAUUAAGA